UCGGGCAGCGCGGGCCGCCCCAGAGCCUCCCCGGCGCCGGAGCGGCCGAGCGGCUCCAUCGCGGCGGGGCCGCGCUCCGCCCCCGCGGGACGAGCGGCGCGAUGGCGGCGGGGCGGCGGCGCUCAGGAUGAUAUCGCGAUACGCGCGCAGACCGGUGCAGCCACAAGGACUCCCAAAACAUGCCCUGAGGCAUCACCCACUGCCAGAGCCUGGAGUUCAGGGGUGCUCAGCCACACCCAGGGCUGAAAACCACGGCCACCUCUCCAGGGAGUCGGAAAUCCGGAGGGAAUCAGCUCUGGAUCAUGGGAAUCCAGGGACUGCCAGUCAGAGCUGUGCUGACACCUCCACUGAAGACAGCUCAGUCUUCUCUUGGGGCUAUGAUGAAUUUGAUAAAGCUGCCACGCAGCAAGUUCAGCAGAUGUUCAGACAAAUUGAUGAGCUUCUCUAUGAGCAGAAAGAAAAUGUGCAUGUGGAGGGACUGUGGGAGGAAUGCCAGCAGUGGACAUCCAGCUUUCCUCACCUCAGGGUUGUAGGGAAGCAGAUGGUGGCGCCCACAGAUGAAGGGUUUGGAUGGUACUCGAGUUCCCCUUCGGGCAGUUUGGCCCCCUCCGAUGUAAGUUCCCCACCAGAGCAGGAUCCCGAUGAAUUUAGUGUUUUUGGCAAGAAGGUCCCUCUUUUUGUUACUCCUGUUCACAAAAAGGCCGACCCUUCCAAGUCUCCGACCUUGUGUUCCUCAGAGAGUGACGAAGGGGAAGAGGAAAUAAUUCUCUCCGAAGGCAUAGUGGAGGAAUAUUUGGCAUUUGACUGCAGAGAUGUGGAGGAGGAGCUGCACGAGAGGAGAACGGGCCUGUCCUCUGGCAGAAGGAAACUGGGGUUUCCUCCCGUCUCUCCAUAUUCCUGCACGAAGGAUUCCGUGCUCACCUUUGUGUUUGAUGAUGUGUGGAGCGAAGUGCUGGGCUGCAUGGAAGAACUGAUCUGCAGGCACUGGGAAGGAUCAGCCUCUGAUGAUGAGAAGAACAUCAUAACAGUAGAAACACUCCGGGCAGGUGCCAGAAGCCCUCUGCAGCUCGAUCCUCUGCCAGCCCUGUUACCUCGUGUGCCACACACGAAAACGCCCUCGGUGACCUCAAAUCUGUGCCCAAAACCCAGAUGUGGCCGCAAAAGCAAAAAGAGAAGAAAAACACCUCAAGUCAGUGUCUCUCAAGGGUCGAGUAGUGGCUCUCAGCGGAAUCUGAACGGCUUGAUGGUGAUCCACGGGAUCCAGUUACACCAGAGGAACCUGCCUGUGGUGGAGAAAACACUGGACCUGGAUGACAAACGGCCAGGUUCCAGCUCCAUCCUCUCCAUCAGAACGUGGCCAAAUCGUGCCCUGGAGCUCAGCACAUCAUCCCUGUCGCGCUCCACGAGGAGGAGGAACCCCCCGCCACGGACCCUGCACCCCAUCUCUGGCAGCCACCCCCGCACCGGCACCCCGCGCUCCGGGGACGACGCCAGCAGCACAGCGCGGCUUCUGACUGCACAGGAGCAGCUGACCUCCCCCUCCCCACUGCUGCUGAACCGGAAUCACCCCCUACCCCCUAUUGCCACCUCCAGCGUGGCGGAGCGUGGGAGCACCACAGGAUCCCAGAGGCAAAUGAAACCUCGAGGGAACUCAAGUCGUGCUCACAGUGUAACAACACAAGACGAUGCUCACCAGCAGCUCCAGGAGCAGCUCCUCCUACCUGAUCCUUUCUCCAGGCCUAACACAACCAACCCCUCCUUGGCAGAUUCCCAGCGCCGCCGUUCCUGCACCGUCACGGAUCACAGUAAUCAAUCUUGGACAAGCAGAGCAUCAGCAGGUUCAGGUCUCCUGCCACGUGGUUCUGUGAAAGGCCACAGUCGAAGUGGAUCAGGCACAAAAAGCAAACAGGGGUUCUGAGGUGCCAUGGAGAAGUGUCUGAUCCAUCCAUCCAUCCCUGGAGUCAUGAACCACCACCUCUCUCUCAUUCCCAGCAAGGUCAACGUUGUUUACAGAGAGUUUUCAAACACCCUUCCUUACAAAUAGUUAUUUUUAUAUAAAUAUAAACCUAAGCAGCAGCUGCCAAAGAUUAGAAGGGCACACUUAAACAUUCCAUUUUUCUACCAGUAGAAGAAAGUGACACUCCAGUGGAAGGGUGAAGAUGCUCUAGGAAAGCCUGACUCCUAGGAAAUCCAGCAACCACUCUCAGUCAUUGCUGUUUUUCUGUGAGGUUUGUGAUGGGUUCAUGUCCUUACAAGGCAGGUACUGGAGAACCUGCUCAUUUUUCCAUUAGCUCCACAGAAGUAGUAAUGUAAAUUUUUUUUAAGCUGUAUUUAUAUAUUCACAUAUGUUUAAAGCAAUAUUGUACUAGGAAAAGCAAGCACUGCACUCGAUUCUGCUUCUACAGCUCAGCUUAGGCAAGUGGUGGAUCCUGUAGUAGUUGCAGCAGGUAUUUGGACACAGGUGUGGAGGACUAAGGUAGCAAAGCAGGUGAAGUGACAGCUCCAAAGGGUAGCACACCACUGCCUCUUCCUGAGUUAUUUAAUAACCUUAUACCUCUUCCUCAGUGACUGAAGGAGGUUUAGCAGGCAGCAAGAAGCCUCUAACUACAAGUAGUUUCACACACUACUGCAAGAAAAUACACUUGUCUUCCUGGUGAGAUAGUUUAUGGUAAUCUCACAGAACGGCUCAGUCUCCCCCUUUCAAAAAUACCUGUAAUUACCCAAAAUUUCUGCUCUCCCCAAGCCACAGAUGCAGCGGAGGUUUCAGCAGCUGUGCCUGCACCAUGUGACAGACCUGAAGGAGGGGUUUGCUGCAGUUGCCCUUGUGGCUCCAGAUAAGACAAAACCCCGUGAAGUACAGGCUUCUCAAAACAAGUCAUUAGUUGAAGGUCUUCCUCCCAAACAGACUGAAGUGUGUAAAAACAAGGUGAGGAUAAUCACUGGCUGUACUCAAACUUAGGACACUGCACAAAAACAGUUGUUCCUUUCUAGUCCUAUUAAAGAGCACUUCUUUUCCUAAAUUUCCUUAUUAUUCUUCAAAUUACUGUUCAUAGUGGACAAAAACUUGUCAGUAUUCUUUAGGAAGUAUCUCCCCUGUCUCCCUACUCCAAGUUAUGUUAGCUAAUAAUUUUUAAUCAGUAUUGAAGAUCUUGAGUCCAGUUGAUCCAAGCAUGCUCUCAUCCAAAACAGGGAACUGUGCAAAUGUAACUGGGCUAACUUGCCUUUGCACUUCCAGUAGGUGAAAACAAACAAACAAACAAAAAAAAGCAGCUCUGAUCUCAAUCUAAACCUCUCAAAUUUGCAGAGAGAGAACUUGAUGCUAACCAGAGGCCUCUACUCACCAAACCAUUUCAAAAUACAAUUUCUCCCAACACUUGGGACUGCUGGAAUAUUGUACAGUGUGUCAGUUCUGUCAGGCAAACUGGAGAUAAGCGUCCCAUUUGUGUCCGUGCCACUCCUCAGGGACCAAGUGAGUUUUCUCUGUAGCACAAGAGUUACAAAACCAGACAAAUAAACUUGAAUAGACUUCUGGGAACAUAAUGUAGUGUUUUAUAGCCUAGAGGAGUCAGCAUGUUUAAAUUAAAAAGGGAAGCAGUCUCCUCCUGAGGCUCAUCUCGUGUUUUCUGUACAGAUGGUUGACACCAGAGACUGAUCAUGGGCUGUUAUUUUAUUUAUUCUGUGUAACAGAAGUAACCUUCAAGCCCUGUGUUACCCAACACAAUGCUGUGCUGUACUCUCUCAGAAUCAGGGCAAUUUUUAGGAGGAGACAAGUAAAAGAGAACAGAGUGACCCUCUACCUCUGGCUUCCCCCAGGGAAAACACCUGAAUGCUGGUGUUUGAGCACUGAGGGCCUUCAAAGUGCUCACCUAAGGCUCCUAAGCCUUUGCAAAAUGAUCCAGUGUGCAAGUGUGCAGGAUUUACUCGACCGAAAUCAGAAGAACCAACACAAUCAGUUUGUUUGGAACAGCUACUUAGAAAACAAACAGAGAGAGUUGGGGAAGCAACAGCACAGAACUCUGCAAAAAAAAAAAACACCUUCUCGUUUAUUAAAUCUGCAA